AUGCCUUCAGUAUCAACAUCUUUAGCACUUGCUGCUACUCUUGGAAUUGCUGAAACUGUGCUUUUUUCCCUUGGUUUUGGCAUCAUUAUGAACAUCAUGGGUAUACCUGCUAUAUGUCAACCUUGGGAAAUUGUAGUGCAGUUCAAUGCUGAUAUUGCUGAUGGCAUGCCAUGGAAGUUUAUUCCUACUCAGAGAGGUUUUUCUUUACUUAACACCUUACUGCAUGUAAGAGUCAAGCCUGGAGAAUGUGCCCUUACAUUUUAUACAAUUGAAAACAAAAGUUCCACUCUAAUAACUGGUGUUUCUACAUAUAAUGUCACUCCUAUGAAGUGUGUAACUGUGUGGACUAUACAUGGUUCUAUGGGAAAAGAACAAAGAGAUGAAAAGGUAACUUAUUUUUUCAUUUUUUUAUUUCAGCUUCCAUCAAUUGAAGUUGUUACAAAUUCACCACCAACUGAACGUGAUCAUAGGCGGCCACCAAUUCAUGUGCUUGUCAUAUGUCCAACUCGAGAGCUUGCAAGUCAAGCGGCUACAGAAGCUGUUGAAUUGCUUAAGUAUCAUCCUACCAUUGGUGUUCAGAUUGUAAUUGCAGGGACGAGACUUGCCUUAGAACAAAAACGAAUGCAAGCAAAUCCUUGCCAGAUCCUUGUUGCUACACCUGGAAGGCUUAGAGAUCAUGUGGAGAAUACUGCUGGCUUUGCAACUCGGCUGAUGGGUGUGAAAGUGUUGGUGCUCGAUGAAGCUGAUCAUUUACUAGACAUGGGAUUUCAGAAAGAUAUUUUAAAUACAGAGUUUAUAUUUUGAAUUAUAGUUCAUGUAUCAAUACACUUUGUUGAUGUAUGGUUAUUACUUAUUAUUAUAGUUGAUAUAUCAAUACACUUUGUUUAUGUUUUGAAUUAUAUUUGACU